AUGAGCUAAAAUCUAACAUCUAAGGAACAUUAGAUAAACCCUCUUAAACUUUUUGAGCUAGUUGGCCAUCCAAAUUGCACUGAUAAAUGGAGAACUGUAGCCUCCUAAUCCUUCUGCAGCUUGCCUGUGUAACGGAAGUGAAACGGCUAGCUUGGUUAGCGGUGCGCGCUAAAUAGCGUUUCAAUCAGUGACGUCACUUGCUCUGAAACCUUGAAGUAGUAGUUCCCCUUGCUCUGCAAGGGCCGCGGCUUUUGUGGAGCGAUGGGUAACGAUGCUUCUGGGUGUCAGUUGUUGAUGUGUGCAGAGGGUCCCUGGUUCGUGCCCAGGUAUGGGCGAGGGGACGGUCUAAAGUUAUACUGUUACACCUGCCAAUGCAUGCUUGUCCCAACAAGGCACCCACGCUAAUUUUUAACCUCUUAUAAAGUUGAUUUUGUAGCAUAAACUGGGAAUUGUAUAUUUUUGACUGAUAUUAUGAUUGUCUGUUUGUUUCAUAUCUUUAAAGUAGUUAAAACGCUGUAAGUACCACUUUAAACUUUAGGUUACCGGUUACAAUGUGUUUUUGCAAUGGGAUGUAAUAGAUGUUAAGAGAAAAAAAUGGUUUAAACCACAUCAAUGUGAUUUGAUGGGCCUGUCAGGGCCUGGUUUCUCUGUGGGUGGGCCUCUCCACCCAGGCCCAUCCAUGUCUCCGCCCCUGAUGACAAUUGCGCAUCACAAAUAGACUACUAACCAACAUUUCGGACUAAACGUUUUCAAUACCUGGUUUGCAUAGCCAUUGUUGCCUUAGUUAGCAUUUACUGGUAGAUAACAUGAACUGAAACGUCUUUCUUACCCUACCGAUGUUAAAACCAGUCGAGAGCUGCACACUUGCUGCCUGCAGAUUGAUUAUAUUCCGCUGAACUAGACUAUGGGAAUAUAUUUCACGCGCUUUGCGAUUGUGUAGGCUACUUUGUGCAUGAUUUCACAAUUGUACUACGUAAAUGGUCAAUCGUAUACCUCCACACUACUUUGAUAGGCAUCAAUAGGGAUUAAGAAGUGAGCAUAAGCAAUGACCAGUGAAAAAAUGUGGGUGUAAGGCUUCAGGGCUCCCGAGUGGCGCAUCGGUCUAAAGCACUGCAGACCCUGGUUCGAUUCCAGGCUAUAUCACAACCGGCCGUGAUUGGGCGGCGCACAAUAUAGCCCAGCGUCGUCUGUUUUAGGGUUUGGCCGUCAUUGUAAAUAAGAAUUUGUUCUUAACUGACUUGCCUCGUUAAAUAACAAAUAUAUACCUGCGUAUACCCUCCAAUAGAUUGGUGCGCUGGUAUUACGGUUGCUGUCCUUUCAGAAUCUCGAACCUGUCACACACUGAAGGCCUAUAGGUUCGCCACUGCGCAAACAUGUCUGUAUUAGAUUUAAAGGCUUUUAAGAUGUUCAUGUUUCAAGAAAGGAGUAUGUAAAUUGGGCCUGGCGAAAUUAUGAGGCCUCACUGUCCGAGACUAAAUGUAUCCGACACGGAGCCAGUCAAUAUGUGGUCUCAAGACGACAACACUGGGCAGAGGCAGUAGAAACACUCGCAUACACUGUCACAUUUAUUUUUUAAAUAACUUCAAUACCUACACAAAAAUAUUUAAUUGACUUGAAUAUUGUUCUUUAUCAAUAUCACAAAAAUUAACAAUAGUUUUUAAAGGAUUCAUGUUCAGCAUUCUACAAAGAAAAAACAGGAGUACAGCCCUCCUUCGCCCGUAGUGUGGUGGUAUAAAUUUGUAUGACACCUAAACAGUAGUGCCUGGCAGAUGUGUAUUGUGUACACUCGAGUUGUGUGUAGCAAGCUAGCUAGCUAGCUACUUGGAUGUGGAAACGUUUCAUACAAUCGUCGGGCGCCCACGUUACGAUUGGUGAUAGGUACUAGAAGUCAAAUGCGACCGUUAAGAGUAUAGCUAGCUACUUUUCCCGGUUUUGCCAAAUUCAACAAACAAGCGUUCAUUAGCCACUUCCUGUAUCACAUCUGGCCGGUUUUGACCGCAGUCCAGCAGUUAGCUAGCGUUAGCAAACUAGCUAUCUUGCUAAUACGUCUAAAAUUAAGCGAGGAUUUAAACAACUUUAAUUCUAGAAUAUAGCUAGAUGUUUUGUCGUGUGUAUUUUUGCAUGUAUUGUAAGACUACCUUGCGUACUAUUUAACGUUAGAACGUUGUUGCAGUGGCUAGCUUUUUUUAGUCCUUUCCAGUGUCGGCCACGAUCGUCACAUAAAGGCAGUUUUAAAAGAUUGCCCCAACAAUCGCAGCCUCGUCCUGCCAUGAGAUCACCCUAACAAUAAAUAGUGGGGUGAAGAUGGCUGCAGAGCUCUUUUCCACCAAGAAGCUGGGCCCGGCAACCUCAACCAACACAGUUGUGCAGCAAUACCAGCAGCAGAACCGGAAUAACAACAACACCAUUCACAGCUGCAACUGGCAAGGGCUCUAUCCUACCAUCCGAGAGAGGAAUUCAGUCAUGUUCAACAAUGAGUUGAUGGCAGAUGUUCACUUUGUCGUUGGCCCCCCAGGAGGGACUCAGCAAGUACCUGGGCACAAGUAUGUGCUGGCUGUGGGGAGUUCUGUGUUCCACGCCAUGUUUUACGGUGAACUGGCAGAGGACAAGGAAGAGAUCCGUAUCCCUGAUGUGGAGCCUCCCUCGUUCCUAGCCAUGCUGAAGUACAUCUACUGCGACGAGAUCGACCUGUGUGCCGACACGGUCCUGGCUACGCUCUACGCCGCCAAGAAGUACAUUGUGCCCCACCUGGCUCGGGCCUGCGUCAACUUCCUGGAGACGAGCCUGAGUGCCAAGAACGCUUGUGUGCUGCUAUCCCAGAGCUGCCUGUUUGAGGAGCCCGACCUAAUGCAGCGCUGCUGGGAGGUGAUCGACGCCCAAGCCGAGCUGGCGCUGCGCUCCGAGGGCUUCACAGACAUCGACUCGGUGACCCUGGAGAGUAUUCUGCGCCGCGAGACGCUCAACGCCAAGGAGAUGGUGGUGUUCGAGGCGGCAUUGAGCUGGGCCGAAGCCGAAUGCCAGCGCCAGGACCUGACGCCCACCAUUGAGAACAAACGGCUGGCGCUGGGCAAGGCCAUCUACCUGAUCCGCAUCCCCACUAUGACGUUGGAUGACUUUGCCAACGGUGCGGCACAGUCGGGUGUGCUGACUCUCAACGAGACCAAUGACAUCUUCCUGUGGUACACGGCCGCCAAGAAGCCUGAGCUGCUGUUCGCCAGCAAGCCGCGCAAGGGCCUGGCGCCACAGCGUUGCCACCGCUUCCAGUCGUGCGCCUACCGGAGCAACCAGUGGCGCUACCGGGGCCGUUGCGACAGCAUCCAGUUCGCCGUGGACAAGCGAGUGUUCAUCGCCGGCUUCGGCCUGUACGGCUCCAGCUGUGGCUCAGCAGAGUACAGCGCCAAGAUUGAACUCAAAAGGCAGGGCGUGCCGCUGGGCCAGAGCCUCAUCAAGUACUUUUCAGACGGCUCCAGCAGCACAUUCCCAGUGUGGUUUGAAUACCCUGUGCAGAUCGAGCCCGACACAUUCUACACAGCCAGCGUAGUGCUGGACGGCAACGAGCUCAGCUACUUUGGCCAAGAGGGCAUGACUGAGGUGCAGUGUGGCAAGGUCACCUUCCAGUUCCAGUGCUCUUCAGACAGCACCAACGGGACAGGUGUGCAGGGGGGGCAAAUCCCUGAGCUCAUCUUUUACGCUUGAGGUGUCGAGCGUGAAGGAAACGUAACACUACUUCUUUACGGUCACAGUAAACGCACCCCUCCGGAUGUUCAGAAAGCAUCAUCUCUUAACUAUGGCUUUAAAAGUGUACCUGGUUUGGAAAAAACAAACAUCCAAUUUAGUUCAAUAUUCAAUUGCCUUAUGAGUAUGCCGGACCUAGUGUAGGACUGGGUUGAAGUGACCAAAAAUGUUCUUAUUUUAAAUGAAGGAUAGGCAUUUGUUCACAUUUAACUGUUUACUCAUUUGUUUUACUGUUCUCGUUUAACAAGAUUAUUAGUAUGUUGUAGGUAGCUUUUCUGUUGUUGUUUUUACUUCAAACAUUCAUAUAAUUUUAAGGAAAACACCAACUUCAAUAUAGGAUAUUUCAACCUGUGCAAAAAUCGACGUUGAUGUAGAGGAUACUUAGGGUAUAAUCAAAUAUUUUUAUACUUUGUAACUUGAUAAAUAGUUUAAACAUUUUUGAUGGUGCAAUUUCUAAGAUUUUGUAUUGUUACCUCUAAGUUUCCCCUUGGGUUUUCUGUGAGAUUAAUAAACUGAGAAUAGACAUCAAACGGAAAUGUAAACCUGUGCUGAGGUUUAAGAUACUUUAUGUAUGUUGCUGUCUCAGUGUCGGCCCUUGUAUGUAUAUAGCUAACUUUUGUUUGCACUACUAUUGUUCCUCUUUUCAAAUGGGACUGCCUUUUUGUAUCUUGCUUCCUUGUAUACACUUUAUUUUUGACCUUGUUUUCUCUGAAAAUCAGUAAAGUGUCACCGUGCUGUGAGUUUGACAGUGUCAAUGGACCUAUGAAUGUGUACUGUUGUUGAAUAUCAAAAAUAAAAUGAACCAGUUCU